AUGUCUCUGUAUCAGCUAGUCUUCGAAAAAUCUUGCCAUUUACCGGUUGAAUUGGAACACAAAGCAUUAUGGGCAUUGAAAGCUCUAAAUCUGGACUGGGCAAAGAUUUCAAAAGAAGGAGUAGAUCAGCCAAAUGAGUUGGAUGAAUACAAGUUCAGGGCUUACGAAAGUUCAGCUCCUUACAAGGAAAAUAUGAAAAAGUGGCAUGAUUCUAGAAUCCUUAAAAAGGAGUUCCGAGUAGGAGAUUGGGUGUUACUAUGUAAUUCUCGACUCAGACUCUUUUUGGGAAAGCUCAAAUCCAAAUGGUCAGGUCCAUUUAGAGUAACACGGGUGUUCACAAAUGGUUCCAUUGAAGUCGAAGGCAAAGAGGGACCUGCAUUCAAAGUGAAUGGGCAACGCUUGAAGUUGUACUUUGACGAAUGUCAGGAGAUUUCUCUAAUUGAGGUGGUGUAUCUGGAAGAUGCUUGA